AAAUGUAAAAGAUUGGUUGCUUUAGUGCUUGUAGUAUGCUAGCAGAAAUCUGUAACUUACCGUUUUUGAACACAGCUUUCUCCCAUUGCAAAUUAGUCAGGCUGCAGAACUCUGACCAAAACAAACAAGGAAAAUAUUUGACCUAAACAUCUGACAGGUCCUUUCCAGAUGUCGAGACGAUUAAACAAGAGUAUGGGGAUGUGCUUACCGUGCCUUGGUGGAGCCGCGGACGACGUUGUCGUCACUCCAGAUCCUGAGACAAGAAGACGACAAUUAGCUGAGGCCGCUGAGAAGAGACAAAAAGAGACAACAUACAGGGGUGUUAAAAACCCAGACGCAGUUGAGAGGAAAAGGAAAAAACAGGAGGAGAUUGAGAAACAGGCGAUGACCACCUCCGUGUCUGGUAGUGGCGGCGGGUUGAAGUGGCAGGUGGGCUGAAAAUCCAGAUGGUAAAACCCGAAGUCUUGACGCUGAUGUCCAAAACAAUAAUGAUGUAUUGCUGCAAGAUGACAUGAAAGAUGUUUGAACUGCUGUCCAUUUUUUAAAUUAAUUUCUUUCCCUCUUUUGUGAUGUUAUGACCCAAACGGCUACAGUUGCAAAGCUUCAUGCAAAACGGUCUGAAGAGGUUACAGACAGACAGAACAGCAGGGCUUGCCCCCCUUUUCGCCAAGUUACAGAAGCUGGUUUGGACCUUUGGAAAGGUCAGAAAUUCAGAAAUGUGCAAGCAAAUACACGUCCUUCUGUAUUAGUUUGAUUGGACAGUUGAUUAGAUGGUCUUACAGUGACUAACAUGGUGGUUACUUAUGGUUAUAAAGUCCAGCAGUGUCUCUGCUGACAAAGGUUUCUUUAAAAAGCUUAAAGCCUUUUCACUGCUCUGUUUUUGGUUUUCAUAGCUGACGGUCAAAUCCACUUUACUUUUAGUAUGACUUAUCCAAAAACCUGUUAUAUGAAUGAUACAUUUCACAAGUCAACCACAGUUCAUGUUUACAAAGACAUUUAAGUGUGCUUAUUAUACAAUUAGUAUACACUCAUUUCACCUUGUUUAGGGCUCUAUUUGAUGGCAACGCAGAGACUAGUGCAAACAGUGCCAUAACUUGUUUGUGUGUGGUGAACUUGUAAUGCCGUUUGACUGUAGAUGUGCUCAUAUCACAUGGGAGUCUAUUGCUGAUGAGGAAGGCAAUGCAAGGUGUUGAUGUCUUGGUGAGAAGGGUCUCCUUGACACUGUGCUAAGAUUAUGUGUUGAGCAGCACGUUGUGUACUUGGUGUAAUUUCAUUUAGUUGCUAAUUUGGUGAUUCAUUCACAAAGCACAAACAACAAAGUGUACAGCAACUACAUCAUACUGCUGAAUUAUGUGAAAACAAGUGUAAAACAUUCUCCAGCCAGGAGGAGGCGCCCCUAGUGGCUCCUUGGCACACUGCGCUGGUCUCUGCCAUUGCUUACUUAAUAGAACCUCUUUUGUUUUGUUUUUUCUCUGCACAGUUUGAGUUUAUUUCAUUGAACUGUCGUGUGUGCAAAGCACUGAUGUGAUUCAGUUAGGGAUCACAUCAAUGCUUGGCACUGAUGUGAUGCCUGCUUAAUUUAAAUGAGGUAUGGAAUGUGUUUGUGAAUUUGCCAUUUAACAAACAGAAGCUUUUGUUACUUAUCUAUUUGCAUACAGUUUGUCAACAUUUGGUGAACAUCAAAUAUGCUUGCUCGCACUCUGCAGUACAUUGGGAGAGACUCGUGUCGGUAACAGUGGAAACAGGAGACGAAAACUGAAGGAAAAAAUGAGUGAAGUGUGUACAGUACGUAAUGAAGUAUUUAUUUUGACUUGCUCAAUUGAGUGCAUUUUCUUACAGCCUUCACUUGAUCCUGUAAAGCUUCCAGUGCUCUCGACAUUUUGUAGGACACGAAAUCCAGCCAAUGUUAUUUGCUACAAUAAAUCACAUUUCUGCUA